CUCCCCCCCACCACCUCCCCAUCGCUCCCCGGUUGAGGAAGUGAAUUCGCUGACGGGGCUGGGUCCUGAGAGAGAGAGAGAGGCGAACAGAAACAGCAGGAACUCGGAAGGAAUUGAAAUAACAACAAGAAAAGAAAAAUAAGCGAACGAAAGUAUAAAGAAAUCCGCUAAAGCAUAUUUCACUGCUGAGACCCGACACCGAGAGCCGCCGACAUGAACGACCAGCAGUUGGAUUGUGCGCUGGACCUGAUGAGGCGUCUGCCCCCGCAGCAGAUAGAGAAGAACCUCAGUGACCUUAUUGACCUGGUUCCCAGUCUGUGUGAGGAUCUGCUGUCCUCUGUGGACCAGCCCCUGAAGAUCGCCCGUGACAAGGUGGUGGGCAAGGACUACCUGCUGUGUGACUACAACCGCGAUGGGGACUCCUACAGGUCUCCCUGGAGCAAUAAGUAUGAGCCCCCAAUCGAUGAUGGUGCCAUGCCAUCCGCACGCCUGCGCAAACUGGAGGUGGAGGCCAACAACGCCUUCGACCAGUACAGAGAUCUGUACUUUGAGGGGGGCGUGUCAUCAGUGUACCUGUGGGACCUGGACCACGGCUUCGCGGGCGUCAUCCUCAUUAAGAAGGCUGGAGACGGCUCCAAGAAGAUCAAGGGCUGCUGGGACUCCAUCCACGUGGUGGAGGUUCAGGAGAAGUCGAGCGGUCGUACCGCUCACUACAAACUGACCUCCACCGUGAUGCUGUGGCUGCAAACAACCAAGACGGGCUCUGGCACCAUGAACCUGGGGGGCAGCCUCACCAGACAGAUGGAGAAAGAUGAGACCGUGGGGGAGUCGUCCCCUCACAUCGCCAACAUCGGCCGCCUAGUGGAGGACAUGGAGAACAAGAUUCGCUCCACCCUGAAUGAGAUCUACUUUGGGAAGACCAAGGACAUUGUUAAUGGCCUGAGAUCUAUUGACUCUUUGCCCGAUAAUCAAAAGUACCGGCAGCUCCAGAAAGAGCUGUCUCAGGUCCUCACCCAGCGCCAGAUCUACAUUCAGCCCGAUGACUAGGGCUGGAGGAGCGUUCAGACCAUGGGUGACAAGUCAAAGCAGGAGGCUCUGAAGAAUGACCUUAUUAAGGCGCUCAAAGGCAAACAACAAAGUUAGAGAUGCUGUUCUCUCUCUCUCUCUCUCUGUCUCUCUCACUCUUCAGUUCUUUUUGUCACUGUCUUUACCUUUGUCCUCUCCACAUCACUCUCAGCAUAUUUGUCAUUUAGUUUUUCCCGUCUCUCCUCUGUUCCCCUCUGUCUCCAUCUCUCAGUGCCGCGCUCUAGUUUUUUAGGCUAGAAAAAGAAAAAACGUUUUUCAUUCAUUCAUCCAUUCAUUCAUUCAUUCAUUCAUUCAUUCGUUAUUAUUUUUAAGAAUUUUCCAGAGCAUCUCAUUGUCAUCAAAGCCAUUUGCUAACCACCUUGUUGUUAUAAGUAUUAGUACUAUUAUUAUUAUGACGGUGUAACAGUAUGACAGUAACUUUAAUAAUGAUCCCUGCCUAUGUUUUGGGCAUACUGUUGGGCAUCUGUGUGAUGCAGACUGAUUUAAGCCAGGGGAUCAGAUGGGGGGGGUCAGGCUAUUGAAUAGUCAUUGUUUUUUCUAUUCCCGUUAUAAUUUUAGAUUAUAUGUAUAUUGUUAUUGGUAUUGUCUCUGCAACCCCCAUCUCCCUGUGCCGAUUCUAACUGUUACUCUUCUGGGUGAUGUAGUCCUGGGCGUCUGCAGCUUUUUCUUACUGCUGUCUGUCAGUGGUUGGCGCACCGUCUGGUUCUGUCUGAUCUCCUGUCUGUUAGUCUGUCAGCUCAGCGGUAGGUGGGAGAUGGACAGACGUAUCUGUGUGGACGCGUAGAGGAUGUGAGGAAAAAUUGAACAAAUGUACUGUGUUUCGCAAUGCCAUUUUCAUCUCUCCGCUCCCCUGACACCUCCCCUGACCCCCCCCUCCGCACCCCCCCCCCCCCCCCCAGUGUUUAUUUGGCUGGGUGCGUGGAAGGGGGGGUGGUUUCCGUUCCUCUGUCCUGCAGGAAGUUUUUUUUUGUUUUUGAGGUUUUUUGUUGUCAGUUUGCCUUUUUUUGUAAAGCUUGAUUCAUGUUGUAUUAGAGCCUCCAACACCAAUAAAAUUUAAAAUGGUAAAUAAUGUUAUUUUUCUAUAUGGCAAUGCAUAUAUAAAGCAUGUAUAAAUGUUGUUGUGUAUUCUAAAUAUAGCGAGCUUCCAAGGAAAGACCAGUGUAUAUACAGUUAAGUGCAAAAGUAUUGGAGGAGUGAUGCAAUCUUUGUUGUUUUGGCUCUGUACUCCAGCAGAUUGGCUACUUGAAAUAAAACAAUAUGAGGUGAAAGUGCA